AUGCAGUCCGCCAUCCAAUCCGUUACGCACAAUCUGCCGGUCUUCAUCCAGAAGCCAGCCAUCGCGCUCAUCGGUCAAGAGUGCUACACAACGCUCAUCUACAAUGUCGAUCUCAGCUCGACGCACUGCGUCAAGUAUGCCAUCUCGAAAGCGCUCGGGCUGGGCAUCGUUGUGUUUGGAAGCAUCAUGAAGGUGCCGCAGAUCCUCAACAUUGUCAACGGACGAAGCGCACGCGGUAUCUCGCUUUCGAUGUAUACACUGGAAGUGGUGGCCUACACCAUCUCGCUCGCCUAUGCAGUUCGAUCACGCCUUCCUUUCUCGACGUACGGCGAGAACCUGAGCUUGACGCUGCAGAACAUGGUCAUCUUGCUGCUGGUCAUUGCCUACUCGCCCGAUGCCCGCACGGGUCGUGUAGACCCUGCCGCGCAAUCGAACAAGAUCACGAUCGCCGCAGCACUGAUGGGUAUCGGCUCGCUGGCGUUGGCCACUCCUGCUGUGAUUUCAGCAUCGACACUGACGGUACUGCAGGCAGCGACGAUCCCUAUCUCGCUCGCCUCCAAGGUGCCGCAGAUGGCCGAGCUGUACAAGGACAAGAGCCGGGGUCAGCUGAGCAGCAUCGUGGUGUUUGCACAGCUGCUGGGUACCAUCGCCCGAGUGUUUACCACCAUGACCGAGACGGACGACAAGCUGCUUCUGUACGGGUUUGGACUAGCUACGCUGUUCAACGCCGCCAUCGCCGCCCAGGUGGUCUACUACUGGAACGGAGACAAGGCACUCGCAGAGCAGAAGAAGCGGGAUGGCGAAAAGAUCGGUCUUGCUCCCUCGUUCGAGCCUUUUACCGUCAGCACGCAUGGUCCUCCCAAGACGGGCGGCAGCAGGACGAGCAGCAGAAAGAUCGACUGA